AACAAAUUCACUUAUCCAAUAAACGUCAAACUAGCAGAAAGACGUUGCUGUAGCAGUGACAAGUAAAGGCGACGGCAAAGCGUAAGAGGCAAGAGGGGAUUAAAUAGGCCACGCUACACUAAUGAGGUUUAUUAUAAUUUUCUUUUCUUGAAUAUUCGCAAGGUGCCAGCACAAUACAAUUGCAAUAAGCGAAUUUAUCUAAGAUGUUUGGUAUCACUGAGAGAAUUUGGAGGUUGUUUUAAAUAAUAUUUUGAAGAAAUAUUUAUAAAACUUUAAAUUCCAUUUAUAUAUGUAUAUAUGUGUAUACAAAUAUUAGUAUAUAUGUACUGAUAUAACUAUACUAAUAAAAUGACAACGGAAAAAGAUUUGGUAAAUGCAUCAUUUUUCUAUAGCAGUAAGAGAAUCUUUGGAAGCUGGUGGAGAGCUUGGUCGUAUAAGAGCUGAAAUGCGAACUGAAGUUUUCAAAUUAUUAGAUAGUUCUAAUUCGGAAAGUAAAAUACAAAAUUCCAAACAAUCGUCUGAUAUUAUUAUCUUCAAUGAGCUUGUUCGCGAAUAUUUAAAUUGGAUGGGAUUUAAGUACAGUUCCACUGUGUUUGUUGCAGAAUGCGAUCUUUCAAAACAUCCUUAUGAUCGAACAUUACUAGCACAAGUUUUGGGAAUAAAAGAAACUGAUACAAGUAAAAAAUUGCCCUUGCUUUGUGGCAUAAUAGAUUCAUUAAAACAUAUGAAAAAUACAUAAAGACAACAAUAUAUAUAUGUAACAA